AUGGCCGAUGUUGCCUCCUGCUUGCAUUCGAGCUGCUCCUUUUCUCUGGGAGCACAGCUGACCACGUCAACCUCCUCCCCUUCCCUCUUACUCUUACCGUGCCGCCUCCUCUUCAUCCCAAAGACCAUGGAGGAGGUCACUAAGGUCACAGAGACCACAUCGGCCUCACCCCCUCUCCUGGAGCGGCAGGUUCGCCAGCGACAGCCCACAGUUUCAGUCCUCAAAUCUAAGCUGAAGCAGAGUGUGGCCUGUUCUGUGCCCAGAGUCCGAUCCACCCUGACAGGUUUCUUCCCUGUGGUGCGCUGGCUGCCUAAAUACAAGCUCAGAGAGUAUGUCUGGGGUGACAUGAUGUCGGGCGUUCUCGUCGGCAUCAUCUUGGUACCACAGGCCAUCGCCUACUGCUUGCUGGCAGGAGUGGAGCCCAUCUACGGUUUAUACACUUCAUUUUAUGCCAACAUCAUCUACUUCUUGAUGGGAACAUCCAGACACGUCUCUGUGGGGAUCUUCAGUCUCAUGAGCCUCAUGGUUGGACAGGUGGUGGAUAAGGAAUUAUUCCUGGCAGGUUUCGACCUCAAUGAGGACUCCACAACGUCUGGGCUUGAUGUGUUGAAUGCCACCCUGGGCACCAACCUCACAGCUGGUAAACUUCACACCGUGGAGCUAAUGGGUCUGCAGUGCGGGAAGGAGUGUUACUCCAUCAGCAUCGCUACUGCACUUACAUUUCUGGCUGGCAUCUAUCAGGUAAUGAUGGCGGUGUUUCAGCUAGGCUUCGUCUCUGUAUACCUUUCGACUCCUAUGCUGGAUGGUUUUGCCACUGGAGCCUCUUUCACCAUCCUGACCGUGCAGGCGAAAUACCUGUUGGGUCUAAAGAUUCCUCGUCACCAGGGCUACGGCACAGCUGUCGUCACCUGGAUCAACAUCUUCGCCAAUAUUCAUAAGACCAACCCGUGCGACCUCAUCACUAGUGCCAUCUGUAUCUCUGUGUUAGUGGCAGGGAAGGAGAUCCAGGACCGCUACAAGGAUCGUCUAAAGAUCCCUCUGCCCACUGAGCUGAUAGUAGUGGUUGGAGCUACACUUGCCAGCCACUUUGGGGAGCUGAACAGCCGAUACAGCUCCAGUGUUUCUGGCCACAUCCCCACAGGGUUCAUUCCUCCCCAGGUGCCCAGCUCUGGUCUGAUGGCACGGGUGGCACUGGAUGCCAUUCCUCUGGCAGUCAUUAGUUUUGCCUUCACAGUGUCGCUGUCCGAGAUGUUUGCUAAGAAGAACGGCUACACGGUUCGUCCUAACCAGGAGAUGUUGGCCAUCGGCUUCUGCAACAUCAUCCCCUCCUUCUUCCACUCUUUCACCACCAGUGCAGCACUGGCAAAAACCAUGGUGAAGGACUCAACAGGUUGCCAGACACAGGUAUCGAGUUUGAUCAGUGCCCUGGUUGUCCUUCUAGUCCUCCUCUUCUUCGCACCUUUCUUCCACGAUCUCCAGAAGUGUGUUCUUGCCUGCAUCAUUAUUGUCAGCCUUCGGGGUGCACUAAGAAAAUUCAAGGAAGUCCCGGGUAAGUGGCGCGCCAGCCGGAAUGACGCCAUCGUGUGGCUGCUCACCAUGUCAGCCACGGCUCUGAUCAGUGUGGAGAUGGGCCUCCUGGUCGGAAUAGUUUUUUCCAUGAUGUGCGUCAUCUAUAAGACCCAGAACCCUAAGGUCUCUCUCCUGGGCCGGGCCAGUGGCACUGAUCUUUAUGAGGAUAUGGACGAGUACAAGGACCUCAUGCCACCACCUCGGGUUCAGGUCUUCCGCUUCCAGGCUCCUCUUUACUACGCCAACAAAGACUCAUUCCUCAGAUCCCUCUACAAAGCUGUGGGAGUUGAACCUUUCCUGGAGAUGACUAAAAGGAGAAAGGCAGAGAAGAAGGCCAAAGAGAUGUCCUCAAAACAGGCCAAGGCAAACGGCGAGAAAAACAACGGAGAGGUCGUCGUUGGACUCGUCCAAAGAGAACUGGAUUUCCACACGAUAGUUUUAGACUGCUCUGCCAUCCCCUUCAUAGACUCGACAGGCAUGGCCACAUUCAAAGGGCUGGUCAAGGAAUAUAAGGAGAUCAGGGUGAGCGUGCUCCUUGCCAACUGCAACACCUCAAUCAUUGAUGUCCUGCAGAAAGGACAAUUCUUUGGGAAGGAUGACAAAGACAUGAGCAGCCUGCUGUUUCAUACAGUUCAUGCGGCAGUUCUUCACGCCGACAGCACGUUCGCAGCCACAGAAAGCAGGUCAGAAGACUCUGUGGUGUAG